CUUAAAAAACCCCAAAAAAAUGGCCGAUUUGUUCGCUGGCAAGCCUCUAAUCAACCAAGAAGGCAAAGAACUUGACGGAGGAGAUGCUCUCCGUGGGAAGAAGGUCGUCGCCUUGUAUUUUUCAGCAAUGUGGUGCGGAUCGUGCCGUCAAUUUACUCCGAAGCUCAAGAGAUUCUAUGAAGCCUUGAAGGCCGCUGGAAAGGAAAUCGAAGUGGUCCUAGUGAGCAGAGAUCGUGAAGCCGAGGAUUUGCUGGAAUACCUGGGACACGGAGGUGAUUGGGUGGCGAUUCCGUUUGGUGAUGAGAGAAUUCAAGAAUACCUGAAGAAAUACGAGGUGCCAACUAUCCCAGCCUUCAAGCUUAUCAACAAUGCUGGUGAGCUUCUUCAUGACGCCCGUGCUGACGUCACUGAGCGUGGAAAGGACGAUGCCGUGGCACUUUUUGACGAGUGGGUCGAGAAGUUUCCAGCUAAUUAGAUAACUGUUUAAAUUUACAACGAAUGUUUAUUUUAUAUGUGUGAAUAAACUACAUGCCGAG